AUGUCUGAAAGUACUGAAAAAAUAGAAAGUGCAUGUGAUGCACGCCGUAAAAUUUUAAAUAUAGCGGUGUCUACAAUUCUCCUAGAAACAGGCUUUAAUGCUAGUGAUAAAAUGGCUUUAGAAACUUUAACUGAAAUCAUUCAAUGUUUUCUGGCAGAGGUUGGAAAUUCAGCUAAAGGGUACUGCGAAUUAUCAGGACGUGUUGAACCUGUGCUGGGAGAUGUUAAGAUGGCACUCGUAAAUAUGGGCAUAAGUAUUCAAGGUAUAGAACAAUAUGCCGCUCGUCCAAACAGGCAUGUGAUCCAGGCACCUCAACAGGCAUUUGUUCCACGGACACCAGCUAUGCUCUCGGCUGGAUCCAAAGCAAAACCUGCUCCCCACAUACCAUUUCACUUACCACCAUUGCCAGAUCCACAUGCAUAUAUUAGAACACCUACUCACAAGCAACCAGUAACAGAAUAUGAGGCUAUUAGAGAAAAAGCUGCAAAUCAGAAGAAAGAUAUUGAGAAAGCGUUAACUAAAUUCCUAGCAAAAACGAGUGAAACACACAACCUCUUCAACACUGAAGAUAAUCAAGUUUUUCCAUUAAUAGCAUGCAAACCAACAUUUCCUGCGUACCUGCCAUGCCUUCUGCCGACUGACCAAGUGUUUGACUUUGAUGAACUAGAAUAUCACUUCCAAGUGGCGAAUAGAACAGAAGAUAUGCCAGCAGAUAAAAAAGAUCAAUCAGACAAUGAAGGUGAUAACGGCGGCGACAAUGAUAAUGCAAACAAUUCCCAGUCAGAAAAUCAAGAUACCCCAUCCGUAUCGAGUCCAGAAAGAAAUAAAUCUGGCGGAUAG